CUUUUCACGUGGGAGGCAAUACUAGGCUGUUUUUCAGUCUAUUGGGGGCCAAAACAACAAGCAUCCUUCCCCUUGAGUGCUGUCAAAGGCAGUGGUUCCAUCUCCGUCCCAUCUCCAUGGAAACUCCCUACCCAAAACCCAUCUCCCCCACCCAAACUCGCAUAGGCUGGAUCGGUAUAGGCAUAAUGGGUGCUGCCAUGGCUUCUCACCUCCUCUCUGCCGGCUAUUCCCUCACCAUCUACGCCCGUUCCCCUUCAAAAGCCUCCUCUCUCCUUUCCCAAGGAGCCCAUCUCGCCCACUCCCCACACCAACUCGCCCGUCAAUCCGACGUCGUCUUCACUAUGGUCGGUAACCCACAAGACGUCAAUCAAAUCGUCUUACAACCUAACGGUAUCCUUUCGACACUAAAUCCAGGCGCCGUCAUCGUAGAUCACACCAGCAGCAGUCCAUCCCUUGCACGCCAGAUCUACGCUUCGGCCCGCGAAAAGGGUUGCUGGUCGGUCGACGCUCCGGUAUCCGGCGGUGAUAUCGGAGCUAGAGAAGGAAAACUGGCUAUUUUCGCCGGAGGGGAAAGAUCCGUGGUGGAGUGGCUGACACCCUUGUUGGAUUUGAUGGGGAGAGUUACUUACAUGGGGGAAGCAGGGUGUGGGCAGACUUGUAAGAUUGGGAACCAGAUAAUGGUGGGUGCUAAUUUGAUGGGGUUAAGUGAAGGGUUCUUCUUCGCUGAGAAAGCAGGGCUGGAGCUGAGCAAGUAUAUGGAGGCCAUUAGGGGAGGAGGUGCAGGGUCAAUGGCAAUGGAGUUAUUCGGGAGGAGAACGAUUGAGAGAGACUUUAAGCCAGGUGGGUUCGUGGAGUACAUGGUGAAGGAUUUGGGGAUGGGGUUGAAUGUUGUGAAGGAAGAGGAGGAUGAGAGAGUGGUGGUAUUGCCAGGUGCUGCGCUGUGUAAGCAGCUGUUUUCGUCAAUGGUGGCUAACGGGGAUGGGAAGCUUGGUAUUCAGGGACUUAUAACUGUGGUGGAGAGGAUCAAUGGCAAGUGAGUUGGAAUGCCAAAUUUUGGUGUUCAAAGUUCAUACAGGAAGAAUUUGGUUGUAUUGCACUUUGUGUUUGGUUACUUAGAAUUAUGAUCAACUUUCAAGCUUAGCUUAAUCAUUAUCUCAGCAAAGCUGCCAAAUUUGGUGAUUUGAUGUUUUUGUGAGAAGAGUGUAAUUUUACAUAAUUCUGAGAUUUCUUUGGGAAAA